AUGCCGCGGCAGCGGCCAAAGGAGCGGCCAAAGGCGCCGCCGCCGCCCUCCCCCAGCGAGGAGGAGGAUGAAGAGGACUCUGAGGAGAAUCUGUACGAAGAGGCCGAGGCGCUUCGGCUCAAGACGCCCUCCCCGGAGCUUGAGGAGCCGCCCCGAAAGAAGCGGCGCGACGCAGGCGCAGGCAGAGCAGUUUCGCCAGAUGUCAGCAAGUACAAGAAGGAGAAGAAGCGGAAGAAGGAGAAGAAGGAAGGAAAGGAAGGCCAGAAGCAAAGGUCCUACAGGGAUCGCCCACGGCGGCGUGAGCUGAGCCAGUCUGGGCUGAGCCAGUCUGGGCUGAGCCAGUCGCAAGCCAGCAUGCCUUGGCCCUAUGCGUGGCCAAUGCCGAUGCACAUGCCAGCAAUGGCCAUGCCUGCUGCGCAUGCUGCGCCAUCAAAGGCCUCGGUGUUCAAGCCAGGCGCGCCCAUGCCACCACAGAUCACGGCAGCGCCAGCAAUCCCAACGCUUCACAGCGUGAUGACAGGCGAGGUCCAGCUCUUGACCCCCAAAGGGGCGCUGGUCCUGCUCAGCGACGACUCACCCCAGCGCUACGUUGAGGGCCUCCUGCGGCGCCGCAGCGACGAGCGGCCCGCCAUCCUUGGCGCCAAGCUGUACGUCAAGGUCGUCAGAAUCGAAGCCGGCAUGGUCAUUGUGGAUGCGCGUGGGGUGGACCAGGACACGGGGAAGGAUCAGGAUCCAGAGCAUGAUCAAGCUGAGGUGGAAGAAUGGGUCGACGUACCGGUGAACCUGGUGGGGCGCAUCAUCGGGAAGAAGGGGGAGCGAAUCCGGCAGAUUUGUGAUGACACGGGUGCAGACCUGCGGUUCGAUGGAGGUCCGGCAGAAGUGGGGCAAGCCCCUGGAGCCAACACCAAAAAGACCACAGGUGGUGCCGGCGACGAUAUGCGAAAGUUCCUGGAAGCAGCACAGGAUGACGACGAGGACGUUGAGAUGCAGGACGAACCUCAAGUGCCCAAAGGCAGCGGCGACGACCUCCGCGCGUUUUUGGAGGAGGCGAAGGCUGGGUCGGCGCCGCCGGCUGGCCAGGAGGCCACGGAAGAGCAGGAAGAAGAUGAGGCAGAAGACUAUGCAGAAGACCUGGCGGCAUUCCUCCAAGAGGUCAAGGCUGACAAAACGACCGAUGCGGCACCCAAGGGCCGCAGGAACUUUGUGCCAGCCGUGGAGUUUGUUGCGUACAAUCUCGAGAACUGGGAUGAGAUGCUGUACCGCAAGAUGGGAGAGGCUGGCGUCACUCUGGUGUAUCCCGAGAACUUGACCAUCAUCGACAAGGAGGGGAACGCAGUGGAGAUCGCCAAGGGCCUACGCCAUCGCCACUUCCCCAUCCGCGUACGCUACAUUCUCACAUCCGACACCUAUGCCCCCGAGAAGGUUUCCACAGCCGAGGACGCCACGGCCGAAGAUGCUCCAGCGGCUGCACAAACCGAGGAUCCUGGUGAUGUGCCGGCGGAGGAUGGAAAGAACAGCAAAGCUGCGUCAAAGCCUUCCACACCCAGGCCAGAGGCCAUUUGCAUCUCUGGCGCAGAGAACCUUACCAAGAUGCACUUGGACGAGGUACUGGAGGCGAAGAGCUUGCCGGAGAUGGUGGCAGUCGAGCACAUCAGCAAAUCCAGCAUGGUGGUCAGCUUCAGAUCUGCCUCGGACGCCAAAGCGGCCUUGGACAGUCUGGGCAAAGGAUUCGACGAUGUAGAGCACGGUUCCAAGGAAGGCCCGGGCCUCUACCGGGCCCGGCAUGGGCUUCUGAAGUUUCGGCUGGCCACAAGCGCGGACGUCAAGGCGAAGACAAAUCGUUUCAAGCAUGCACCGAAGGAGGAGUAUCAACGGCUCCGGAUCAACGGCGAUGCAAAGGAAGUCAAACAAGCAAAGAAGAUUGUUUUGGACUUCCUGGAUGAAUUCAGCGGGCGCGGUAUGCGUGGCCUGGUUCACGAAAGGUUCCUUCGAGGCAUCGAAGAUGUCGAAGAAUCCUUCGAGGUACCGCCCGGGAAGAUCGGCCGGCUUAUCGGCAAGGGUGGUGAGAACAUCAAGAAAAUGGAGGACAUGAGCGGAGCUCGCUUGCGAGUCCUCCCAGCCGCCGAAGAGGGCGGUGAACAGAGGCUCUUGGUCUCCGGGGCACCGGACAAAGUGGAGAAGGCCAAGGAGCUUCUGAGACCCUUCAUCCCCACGCUGGGCUCUGUGGACCCCAAAGCAUCAGGCGUGCCUUUACGCAAGCGCUUGCAGGAGGAGGAGGAGGCAGAGGAGGAAGUUGCAGGCGGGGAAGAGCUGCGCGGCCGCCGCCACCGUGCUGCAGAGGUGCUAGAGUCGGCGGCACGGCGCGAGGGUCGCACGGAUGGCAGAGCAAGCGAACGGCCAAAGAGCCGGGACAGCUCCACGUCCAGCGGAACGCGCGUCAAGCGCCUGCGCGAGAAGAAGCGGGCCAUCAGCAUGCAGGAAUACCAGGCCAUGCUGAAGAAGCAAAAAGAGCUGGAUGCUGCUGCAGCCCGCGCCGAGGAGGCCGCCCAAGCCGCAGCAGCCCACGCCCGGCGUACUGCCGAGGAGGACAAGCGGAGGAAGGAGGAAGCGGCGUUGGACAACUACGACUGGGAAGAGGAGACUGGCCCUUCUGCCGCCAUCGGCCGCCUUGCGCUCACAAGCUUUGGAGCCGGCAAAGUGUCCCGGACUGUUGUCAAUCCUGCUGGCCGGCGCUUCGUCAGUUUUCAGCUUCUGGCGGGCGGAGUCGUGCAAGUCCCUGAGACCACGGCUCGGCUAUGGCUCGCCUCCGUGGAUGGUGCUGUGGGUGCUAAGGUUUCGGCUCCACAGCCGUGGGAUGAGCAGGUCGAUGGGAAAGGAAAGCCACCUCCACCACCAGGCGCUUCCUGGGUCAUUUCUGAGGCCGAGGCGCAGGGCCGGCGCUUGGCCUUCCGCCUCGCCUCGCCCGCGGAGCUCUUCCCGCGUUUUGUGGAGGCGUCACAACUAUCACGCUGGCCGCGGACAGAGAGUGUCAUCUACUUGGUCGAGCUGUGCACCACGCCUCAAUCGGUUGGACAUGUCGCCCCAUUUCGACACGAUUACCGGAAGUCAGAGAGGACUUAUGCCAAGGGCGACACCUUGGUCGUUGAAGGCUGCCGCCCAGGGUUGCAGGAUCUGGGUGUUGUGCGCAAGGUGCUGCUCGGGGACAAAGGUGCCAAGGUGGCAGCGCUGGUUGCCGCAAAGAAAGAUGCUCCAGAGUCCACGGGCACACUCGGUCUAGCCUUCCAACGUGGUGGGCCCACGGAGGCAAAACGACGUGAGGGGCUCUCCGGUCUGGAGCGAAUGGUCCUACCAUUGUUGGCGGCGCGGCUUCCAGCCAGCGCCCGAGCCCUCGGCGUCGGCGCAUCAUUGGAUGGCACCUUCUUGAGGUUCUUCCUCCGUCUCGUCGGGCAGUCCGAGCAGGCGCUGAACGCAGCCUCUUCCGGAGCUGCUGCAGCUGCGGCCGCCGUGGGCGCCAUGCUCGGUUGUCAGACGGAGGUCCUUGCCUCGACCGGGCCGGAGGAGCCGGAGGCCGAACCCCCGACCCAGCAGGCUCACCAAGAGGAGCCAAAGAAGAAGGCGAAGCCCGCGAAGGAGAAGCGCAAGACCGCCAGCGGCGCCAAGAAGAAGGCGAAGGAGAAGAAGGCUGCGGCAGAAGAGUCGUCGUCUUCAGAAAGCUCAGAGUCAUCUUCUGGUGACUUCCUCCUGGCCAUGGCCAAGAGAG